GUCAGCGGGGAUGCGUUCGAUCCAGCGUGUGCGCCAUUAUCAUUAUUAUUUCUUCCUCGCGCUGGUUGUUUAGUAUGAUGGUUUAUUGAAACCGCUUCACCUCAUCUUACAGCAUUCACAUAUUACGACCAAUCAAGGAAAUGAAGGCUGUUGGGGUAAGAAACGGCAAAGGCAAUGCCGAUGCCCUCUUCAUCGAAGAUGGUGUGCCUGAUCCCGUUCCGACGGGCAAUCGCAUCCUGGUUCGCAUUAAGGCAUUCGGUCUCAAUCGCAUGGACAUAAUGCAAAGAGAGGAUCGCUACCCAUACCCUUUAUUGCCCGAAUCGGGAAAGAUCAUGGGAGUGGAGUUUAGUGGAAUCGUAGAAGAGAAGGCGCCCGAUUGCUCCGGGGAUUUUCAGGUGGGAGACAAAGUGUUUGGUCUUGCAUACGGGGGUGCAUAUGCACAAAAGAUCGCUGUGUCGGAGAAGAUGCUUAUGCACCUUCCGUCUACACUGAGUUUUGAAGAAGCUGCUGGUAUCCCGGAGACCUCUUUCACAGCUAUCCAGGCCAUUCACCUAGUCGGUAACCUUCAACCUGGCCAGUCAGUGCUCAUCCACGCUGGUGCCUCUGGAGUCGGUCAAUCUGCUAUCCAGAUCGCCAAGGUAGGCGGAGCAUCCAAGAUCUUCACUACUGCUGGGAGUGACGAGAAAUGUGAUUUGUGUCGCUCUCUUGGGGCGGACUUUGCGGUCAAUUAUCGCUCCGGAGAGGACUUCUCAGAAGUGGUCAAGCGGGAGACAAAUGGACGCGGGGUGGACCUGAUUGUGGAUCUCGUAGGAAGGGACUAUUUUCACCGAAACAUGGCCUCGGCAGCCAUGGAUUCUCGCAUGGUCCUGGUUGCAGCUUUAAGCGGGAGCAAGGUGGAUGACUUUGAUCUGCGUGCAUUGCUCAACAAGCGAAUUUGGCUCAUGGCUACAACGUUGAGAACUAGAGCCGCUGAUUAUCAGGGACAAUUGCGUGAUCUAUUCUGUGAGAAAAUCCUUCCCUAUAUCAAAUCAGGCGAGGUGAAGACGACGGUGGAUAAAGUAUUUCCAUGGACUCAAGUACCGGAUGCCCAUAAGCGUUUGGAGUCGAAUGUCAACGCCGGCAAGAUUAUCUGUCUGGUUAACGACGACUGAAUAAUCUCAAGUAUAGCUUACAGAUAUGGUCAGAUAGAUAACGUGUAUAUGACUGCUCG